AGAUUUGCUGAUCAAAUAUCCCAAUACUCAAAUCCCACCCCACCACUUUCUUCCCUUAAACUCACAACAUCUCACAUUAUACUCAUCUCAUUCUAAUUCACCAAACCCACAAAAAUGUCUGCUGCUGCUGCUGCUAUGGCUACAACUCAUGUUGUGGGAUUGGGCACUUCAACCUUCUCUAAUUCCCCAAACAAACCUCUAAACCUUUCUUCAGGAUUCUUAAAAUCUCCGGUGACUACGAGGAACCCUCUAAGAGUAGCACAAGCCUCAGGAGGAAAAUUCACAUGCUUCGAGAGAGACUGGCUGCGAAGGGACCUGAAUGUGAUUGGGUUUGGUCUCAUCGGGUGGAUUGCACCAUCAAGCAUUCCAGCCAUCAACGGCAACAGCUUGACUGGCCUCUUCUUCUCGAGCAUCGGCACUGAGCUCGCCCACUUCCCCACUGGACCUGCCCUCACUUCCCCAUUCUGGUUGUGGUUGGUUUGCUGGCACUUGGGAUUGUUCCUCACCCUCACAUUUGGGCAGAUUGGGUUUAAGGGAAGGACUGAGGAUUACUUCUAAGAUGGAUGGAUGGAUGACUUUGAUGUUAAUUCUGCGUGUUCAUUAUGUAUCAUAAUAUAUUACUUUUGAGAAUCAUUUUUCAUCCUAGUAAUUUAUUGGUAUAUAUUGUGCACGCAUUUUACAUUACUUGUUGUUUGUGUUGUUAAGUAUAAUGGCCAAAAUAUAAUAACCAGCGCAAAGUUUACAUGCCAA